UGUGUGUGUGUGUGUGCGUGUGUGAGAGAGAGAGAGAGAGAGAGAGAGCUUCACACCUGUCGCCCACGCGAAGAAGAGCUCCAAUCUCCCGCAGCGAGAGAGAGAGAGAGAGAGAGAGGGGUGAAAGAGUAGGUGGAUACAUGGGCGGGGUUAGGGUUUUGUUGGACGAAUCCAUCCUCCUCGCCGAAGACGAGGGCACGAACCCCUCCCUCCGAUCGGGUUCGGAGGCUUUGCUUCGUAGGCUUCGCUUCUCCAAGCUUUGUGUGGCUUUCUGUCACCAGGAGGAUAUCCCUGCUUCAAAGGCGGAUUUUCUCACAAAGACAGCUGCUUUGUACUCCUUUAAUUGUAUUUCACUCCUCACUUCCCAUGUUGACAAUUCACUUAAUGAAUUGUUCCAAGAUAGGUCUAGAACGGGAGACCUUUGCGUAUAUGUAACUUCCAAAAUUGAUGAGAUUCUGUUUUCUGAGCUUCAGAACCACAAUUGGAGGAUUAUCCUUGUAGGUUUGGGCAAAUGCAAUGGUGGUGCAACGGAUAAAGAAGUCCUAUUUAUUGACACAUUGGACGGGCUACUUAUCACUAUUUGUAGGUUGAUUAAAAAGCAGGAAAUAUGUGACAAGUCAGUUUUGGCAGUUGGCUAUGUUAUGAAACCAUCUCGCGAAGAAGAUUUUGCCAAGAGAGGAGCAUUCCCUUCUUGUCCUACUGAGAAUGGGCUUAUUUUUGUCCCUCUCAUAUUUGAGCUUCCUUUAGCUUCUCAAUUGCAAGGAGUUGAUGUAAUACUUCAUAAAGUAACUGAUGAGAUCAUAAGCAUAGAUACCAACUCUUCUUUUAAUUUUCCGAAGGGAAUUUCCUUUACCACUGGAAUGAGUGAACUUCAAAGGUUUCUACAGGAAAACUCUGAUUUUUGCAUUGUAGACCCAUUCUCUAGUAUAUACCCUUUGCUGGAUCGCCUUCAAAUUCAGCAAAUUCUACUUGGAUUGCAAGAUUUCGGCGCUCAAUGCAGCUGCAGACUCCGCGCACCGCAUUUUUUAAAGGUUGAUAAUUUUAAUGAUCCAAAUUUAGGAAAACAGCUAUUAGAAGCUAAGUUGAACUUUCCUGUCAUUGUGAAACCACAAGUAGCAUGCGGGGUGGCUGAUGCUCAUAACAUGGCAUUAGUUUUUAAAUAUGAAGAUUUUGCCAACCUUGGUGUUCCCCUUCCAGCUAUUCUACAGGAAUAUGUUGAUCACUGUUCAACUAUUUUCAAAUUCUACGUCCUCGGCGAUAAAGUUUUCCAUGCAGUUAAGAAAUCAAUGCCAAAUGCAUGUGUUCUAUUAUCAUUAUCAGAAAAAACUGGGUCUGCACCUCUUCUCUUUAACAGUUUGAAGACCCUUCCAGUUGCUCGAGAGGAACAGUUACCAAUAGGAUCGUCAAAAGCCAUUAAAGAAUCAUUGGAUGUGGGCUUAAUUGAAAAAGCUGCAAAUUGGCUACGGGAGCGGCUUGGCCUUACCAUUUUUGGAUUUGAUGUCGUCAUUCAAGAGGGUAGUGGAGACCAUGUUAUAGUGGACCUGAACUAUCUACCAUCUUUUAAAGAAGUCCCCGAUUCCGACGCCCUCCCCGCAUUUUGGGACGCAAUCAGGAAAAAGUACGAGCUAGCUAAGCUGAGUGGUCAGCACUAACAACUCGACACGAUUCAGAACAUGUUUUCAUCGCGGGCUCCUUUGCAGAAGUGGCAAAUAAGUUCUUGUUCUUCGUCGGUUAAUAAUGCGUAGUAAAUCGUAAUUAACUUUGACAUGUCCUGUUGCAUUAACUUGUAGUUACAAAUGUUUAGGACUUUAAAUCAAGUAGUUGUGAACAUCCAAAUAUGCGUCGAAACUUUCCCGAAUUCGCAACAUGCACACACACAAUGUAAAGAGAGGUAUCUGAAACCCAGAAGAUAAAGAUUUUAAAGCUCAGGAUGUCUGACUGUCAGGCAUGUUACCUCAAGAUGUCUGUCUGUCAGGCAUGUUAUCAUUAAACUUACCAAUCUUCAGUCUGUUGCGAGAAA